GAUUCUAGAGCAGUUGGGGGUAUGGGAAGAUAUUCAAAAGGUGGUUGCGCCCCUGGUGGAUAGACACCAUUAUGAUGAAAACGGUCGUUGUUUUGAGAAGUCUCGUGUGCUGGUGGUGAUCAACAAAAUGUGAGUUAGUCUCCAGCGUCCCAUUAUUUUCAUGGAGCGAUCCAAGGCCUUGGAGAUUUUACAUAGCCAUAUUCAAGACAAAUCAAAACUGCAUGCGCGCACUGCUAUCGUCGAAUACGAAGACAUUCCAAAUGGGGUCCUCAUCACUACUCAAGAUGGAAAAAAGCACCAGGGCCACAUGCUGAUCGGUGCAGACGGAAUCCAUAGCAAAGUGAGGAAGCUGAUGGCGGACAAGAUCAGUGUGACUGACCCGUCUCUCGGUAGAGAGAUUAAUGAAGCUUUUACGAGCGAGUAUAACUGCAUCUUUGCCAUCUCCGAGAACAACCCCAGUAACCAAUUCCUACCGGAUGCGAUGGUUCACAACGUAUAUUACGACGACUACUCUGCUGUUGCCGCUACCGGCGAGCACGGGCUUGUGUUUUGGUUCCUCUUCGUCAAGAAUACGGAGCUGACUAGAACUCCCAAUUGCCCGCGGUUCACGGAUGAAGAUGCAGAGGCCCAAAUUCGCAAAUAUGGCAGCGCGGGCGUAGGCCCCGGUUACACCGUGAAAGAUCUUUGGGAUGCCCGAGUCAAAGCUGCAAUGGUACCGCUGGAAGAAGGUGUCGUUAAACAAUGGAGUCAUAACCGGGUUCUUUUGAUGGGAGAUGCGGUCCAUAAGGCCACGAUAAACCCAGGACUAGGCGGAAAUCUGGGCUAUGAGGGUAUCGCUCGUUUCACCAACGGCCUCGUACCCUUGCUGAAAGAACACCCCAUGCCAUCACUCGAACAAUUGACCGCGGUUUUCGACCAGUACUAUACCAGUCAGAAGCCCCGAGCAGAGACCGUCGUUAGCCUUUCCGGUCAAAUCACACGCUAUGAAGCCCAAGAUACCUGGAUUCUGCGAUUUGCAUCCCGCUAUGUUGUUCCAUGGGUUAGUGAUCGGAUCAAGGCCAAUCUGUAUGCAAGUUUCUCGAGAGGUGGGCCUUGGUUGGAAUACCUUCCAUUGCCUGCCACAGAUGCCAGCCAAAUCGAGGAGAGGGCGGAAAUCCCUCAUCAUUCCAACGGGGGCUUGUCUAUUUUGCCCAACCUGACUGCCUGUGCUUUGCUAGUAGGCGCUGCGGCUAUCUUGUGGCAGAGAUACAACCAGACCCUUUAGCUGCAGCCCCAGUAUACAAGAUACAAGACACCAUUGGCGCUGAUAAUCGACGUGGUCUAUUUCACAAAUAGAGAGGCCAGAAUAAUGAAAUGUUGUAGUGUUAAGGCCCACUUGAUAUAUAUAUAUAUUGUCCCUUGGUCCCUGUACGCAGUUUAAUCAUGGGUAGCGUAGUAGCCACAUCUGAAUCUGAGAUAAAGAGAAGCGAGGGAUCAGAUUUAGGUUGAUAUAUUAUGCAUGCAUGCACCGGAUAGGGUUCUCCACUGCUAGAAGCUAGAGUACAGCUAAUGCGGUAUCAAAAACCUG